AUGCAUAUACUUCAACUUACCGAACUAACCGAUGAUAUAAUGAACUUAUGCGAUGAUGAAUUUUAUCGUUUUCUCGAAAAAUCAUUAAAUACGAAUCUAUGCCAACUUUUCCAAGUUCAGUCUAUUCGAGAUAUGAUCUCGUUGUCAUCCGUAACCCUUGAUCAACUCAUAGAAAUACUCACCUUUGAUAUUGUUGAUUUAAAAGAUUUGAAAAGGACACUUGGUUUUGUAACAAGUGAUCGAAAAUUUCAUCUUCGUCUUGGUCACCGGCAUUUAUUAGAACAUUUGUUACUUUAUGAAUUUCUUCGACUUAAUCUACCAUCAGCAUUACCUCACAUAACUAAUUUAGAAACUCGGGAUCAGGAAUUUAAGAUGAUUGAAGGUGAAUUUCGAUUUAAUUUGUUGAAGGAAUAUUCACGAUCGACUGAAUGUAAUUAUAUUUUUGUUACCGAAGAUGCAAUUCGUUCUAUAUCCGCUAUUGAUUAUGAUGCACAAAAUAAUCACGAAACAUACGACUAUUCUGUUAAUAAUAUCAAAGAAUUAAAUCUGACAGAAUAUGACAUCGAAAAAAUUAUCCAUCGUGCAUUUGAAUCAGCUCAGAAAUAUGUUUCAAUGGUUAAUAUGACUCCAGUUUUGAAAGAGAGAAACGUUUAUUCUUUGACCGAAUUAUGCCAAUUUAUCAAAACAAUUUUAAGCAAAUCAUCUUUGAAACUAGUAGACUAUACGGAAAAUAACGAUUCGAACCGUGAUUCAGAUGAAGAUGAUCUCGAAGACAAUGAAGAUAGUUUAGCAGAAGCCGACGUUGAAGAUUUAACAUCAUACUACACCCUUGAUGAAUAUGGGGAAGAAGAAAGUACUAUUCUUGCAAAUAAUCUUUCUAAUGCAACACAGCAAAAACUUCAAGGGCUGUCGAAUUUAUGA